UCACAACCCAGAGAACAGAAGAGCAUCAACAGAACUGAUCUGACUUAGAAAACAUGGACAGACACUUGGUACUGAUAUUAAUCAUGAUUUCAGGUGUGAUGGCUGCAGACCAGAUUUGGCCAAACAAGGGUGCAAAUGUCAUCAGUAAAGAAGGAGAGUCUGUGACACUGAGCUGCACAUAUGAUACAAGCAGCAGAUAUGUUAGACUUUACUGGUACAGACAGUAUCGUGAUGGAGAACCUCAGUAUUUAAUGUGGAAAGGAGGCUCGGGAAUGGAGUAGCACGGGACCCCAGCUGAACCUCGCUUUCAGUCGACUACAUCAGAAACAUCCACUGAACUCAUUAUUACUGGUGUAACUCUGUCAGAUUCAGCUCUCUAUUAUUGUGCUCUAAGAAGUGUUGUGGAGAAGACUGUGUUGAUCAGCCAGAUCAACACAUCACUGAAUUUGAAGGAAGAUCAAUCAGCUAUGUUUAGAUGGGCUUUGAUUUCUCUGUGUUUCAUAGUACUUUAUGAUGUGUCUUCAGGACAGGACAAGGUUGAACAGUCUUCAGAAGAAAUGACUGCGAGUGAAGGAGCUCAAGUUAUUGUAGGGUGCGUGAGUUUUGGAGAUGAAAUCAUGCCAGACAGCACUGAGGAAUUUGCUGCAGUGGUGAGGAAAGAGGGGUUUAUAUCUGAGGGUAUUUUGCUGAACCUGACAGAGACUGUGUCUUAA